AUGGAUGAGAAUCGCUACGGUGACAGAGGCAGUUCUCGCUCCCCAUCUCGUGGUGGAAAGGACUAUACUUUGUCGCAACAUACGCGUCCAGCUCGGCAAUAUACUACGUUGAACACGCACCUGCCAAAACAUCUCGAUCCACCAAGCCACGAUCGCUCGCAUCGCGCGCACCAGUACCGAGAGCAUGUAAACGGCUAUUCGUCGCUCCAACAACAGCGCGAAUCCGAACAUGCCUAUUCUUCGGGAUCUGGUCCAUCACGCUCGUCAACUUUGACGCCCAAUGUCGCUAGCGCCACAGAACAACGCUUGUCACAGCAGACGGGCUACCGUGCUGCUCUUGCUGAAACAUCGUCGACGUCGACGCCAUCGCUACCCAAGCGAUCUGAAUGGCUUCUGCUUCCCAGCGUCAGCCAUGCACUUUCCAUGUACGCCGACAAGUGUCGACGAGAACCUCGCUUUUCGCUAGUCAUCCGACAACAGCCUCGACGCGGACUCGCGGUUGGUAAUAGUCAGAUGUCUCUACGAACCGCACGGUCGGUGCCUAUCGACCCACCGCCCGUUUGCGAGCUGCUGAUCGAUCAGAGUGCAGACGAACAGCUUGUAUCGCUUCCGGAAGUCUUUAUCCGUGCGCAACUAGUUGGUGCGGAUACGCCCAUGCAAGAGUGUCUCCCCGAUGCAAAGCGCAUCGAGCCUCUUGUUGGCGACACACUGCAGAGCGCGCUCAACUCACGCAUCGAUACACGCCAAGAUCAAAGCUUCUUCGUCUUCAAAGAACUCGGCGUGCGCAAUCGUGGCACCUACCGUCUGAGGUUCGACUUGUUCGACCGCGUCGGGCUUCGCAUUUUCAGAAUCGCCUCAGUGUACAGCGAUUCGUUCGAGGUUCACGAAAAGAGAAAGCAUCCCGGACUUUCGGCAUCAUCAGCGCUCAUGGAUGCGCUUGUGGGACAGAGUAUGAAAGUACAGUUGAGGAAAGCA